UCUUCUUUCUCGCCGUCUUUAAUAUUAGAAGUUUGCGUGAAAAUCUCAAAAUCUCAGAGUGAGUCUCAGAGAUCUCUAUCGUUCAGCCCAGAUUAAUGGUGCUUUGGUUCUUUAUUUUCAGCGCCAAAUCCGUUUGCGCUGUUCCAAUUGAUCGCUAAAUCACUAAGUUGCCUUUCAAAAACAUGUCGAGGAUUCUGGCCAAGCAAUCUUCUCUCAGGAAGUUCAAGUUUUCUCUAAACUCUCAUGUCAGUCCUUAUUCUUCUUCUUCUUAUUUAAGUUCUGCAGAAUUCGCGAAAGAUGUUAAUUUUCUCGGAAAAACCAGGCCACCGGCGGCCCAAACCGGCGAGAAUUCCCGGUUCGCAUUAGUAGGUUUUCGACGAUUAGGCGUAGUAUUGUAUCCCAGAAACGUGUUAGGAGAAUCCAAUUCUUUCAAUUCGAGCAACAAUUUUCAUACUUUAGUUUGUUUCAGAGGCUACGGGAGCGCCGCCGAGGCCAUUGCUUCGGAGGAGGAUUUGUCGGCGUCUUUUUCCGACGAAAUCCCGGAGUUGUUGGAGGAGGAGAUUAGCAGGGAGAACAAUGCCGAAACCUAUUCGAAGGCACCGAAGAGGACCGUGGCCGGCAUGGGAACCGCGAAGUACCAGAAACUCCGGAAGCGUCAGAUAAAGAUAGAGACCGAGGCGUGGGAACAGGCAGCAAAGGAGUACAGGGAGCUUAUGGUUGACAUGUGCGAGCGGAAGCUGGCGCCGAAUUUGCCGUAUGUGAAGUCGUUGCUCCUUGGCUGGUUCGAGCCUCUGAGGGAUGCCAUUGCUGCCGACCAGGAGGCGUGCAGGGAGAUGAAGAAUAAGCCCACUUAUGCCCCAUAUUUCGAUCACCUGCCGGCUGAUGUGAUGGCGGUUAUCGCGAUGCAUAAGCUGAUGGGGUUGAUGAUGACCAAUAGUGGAAUUGUUGGUUGCAUCAGGGUUGUCCAAGCUGCUUCCCAGAUUGGUGAAGCCCUUGAACAUGAGGUUAAGAUACAAAGGUUUUUUGAGAAGACAAAGAAGAAGAAGAAGAAGAAGAAUACAAACGGCGAGGAUGUGUCCGAUGUUGUAAGUGCUGAACAAGGGAAUCUAAACGGCAAAGGACAAGAGAAAUUGAGGAAAAAAGUUACACAAAUGAUAAAAAAACAAAAGGUGCAGCAAGUAAGGAUAAUAGUUGAUCGAGUAGAUGAUUCAAAACCCUGGGGUCAGGAAGGUCAUGUUAAGGUUGGAUGUCGUUUGAUUCAGUUGCUGAUGGAAACGGCCUAUAUACAACCUCCGGUUGAUCAAUUAGACGAUAGCCCACCUGAUAUACGCCCUGCAUUUGUACACAGUCUUAAAACUGUCGUUAAAGAUACACGGAAGACCAGCAGGAGAUAUGGUGUUAUUGAAUGUGACCCACUUGUUCGGAGAGGCUUGGAGAAAACUGCUAGGCACAUGGUCAUCCCCUAUAUGCCUAUGCUAGUGCCUGCUAAUAAGUGGACCGGGUAUGACAAAGGAGCCUAUUUGUUUUUACCAUCACAAGUUAUGCGGACUCAUGGUGCAAAACAACAGCGUGAAGCAGUUAAAAGAGCUCCUAUGAAGAACCUGGAGCCUGUUUUUGAGGCCUUGGAUACACUUGGAAAUACCAAAUGGAGGGUGAACAAAAGGGUGCUUAGUGUGAUAGACAGGAUUUGGUCUGGUGGAGGUUCUCUAGCUGGCUUGGUCAGCCGGGAAGAUGUUCCUCUACCUGAAGAACCGGACACAGAAGAUGAAUUAGUGAUUCGCAAAUGGAAGUGGAAACUUAAAGCUGCCAAAAAGGAGAAUAGUGAGCGGCCCUAUUUCCUUCUCUCUCUCUCGCUCUCUAUCUCUCUCUCUAUUUUUGUUGCACGAAAGAUGAAGGAUGAGGAAGGCUUCUACUAUCCCCACAAUCUUGAUUUCCGGGGUCGUGCAUAUCCAAUGCACCCUUAUUUGAACCAUCUGGGUUCUGAUCUGUGCCGAGGUAUCUUGGAGUUUUCUGAGGGACGCCUUCUGGGAAAGUCAGGUUUACGCUGGUUGAAGAUACAUUUGGCAAAUGUAUAUGGUGGCGGUGUGGACAAAUUAUCUUAUGAUGGUCGCAUAGCAUUUACUGAGAACCACCUUGAUGAUAUAUUGGAUUCAACGAAUAGGCCUCUCGAAGGUCAGCGUUGGUGGCUGGAGGCAGAGGACCCUUUUCAGUGCUUGGCAACAUGUAUUAAUCUCACAGAAGCAUUGAGAAGCCCCUCUCCAGAGAAUGCCCUCUCACAUAUGCCUGUCCACCAGGAUGGUUCGUGCAAUGGCUUACAACACUAUGCUGCCCUUGGAAGGGACAAGUUAGGAGCAGCUGCAGUCAAUCUUGUUGCAGGAGGGAGACCUGCUGAUGUUUACUCGGGAAUUGCUGCCAGAGUUCUUGAUAUUAUGCGCAAAGAUGCAAAGGACGAUCCUGCAAUGAAUCCAAAUGCAGUGCACGCUAGGAAUUUAAUCAAUCAGGUGGAUCGUAAGUUGGUAAAGCAGACUGUAAUGACAUCUGUAUAUGGUGUUACAUACAUUGGUGCCCGAGAUCAAAUUAAAAGGAGGUUGAAGGAACGUGAUGCUAUUGCUGAUGAUGGCGAACUCUUUGCCGCUGCUUGCUAUGCAGCAAAAACUACCUUGAAGGCCUUAGAAGAGAUGUUUGAAGCUGCAAGAAGUAUUAUGGACUGGCUUGGAGAUUGUGCAAAGGUGAUAGCGUCAGAAAACCAAGUAGUCCGCUGGACAACUCCACUUGGACUUCCUGUUGUACAACCAUACCGGCAAUCAGGAAGGCAUCUUGUUAAGACUUCCCUUCAGGUGUUGACAUUACGGCGAGAAACAGAGAAGGUAAUGACAAAGCGGCAGAGGACAGCUUUUCCCCCGAAUUUUGUUCACUCCCUUGAUGGUUCACAUAUGAUGAUGACUGCUGUUGCCUGCCAAAAGGCAGGCUUAAACUUUGCAGGAGUCCAUGAUUCAUAUUGGACCCACGCAUGUGACGUUGAUGAAAUGAACAGGAUACUGAGAGAGAACUUUGUUGAACUCUAUGAGACACCCAUAUUGGAGAAUUUAUUGGAGAACUUUGUAAAGUCUUUUCCCAAAUUGAAAUUCCCCCCCUUACCGGAUCGCGGGGACUUUGAUCUUAGAGAGGUUCUGGAAUCUCCCUAUUUCUUUAACUAGUCUAAGCCAGAUGCUAUACUACACCCGGAGUGCCCUUCUUUAACUUGUCCUAGCUCUGCUCAUCACCAAUAGGACGGCGAUGCAGCUCGAACUCUUCUGUCCUGGGCACGAGAUAUCUCAUUCUCCCAUGUUCUAUCAAGACGAAGAGGUUCAGAGAAGAAACACGAUAGCUAGUUGGUGCUAUCAGUCCCGUUUGUACAUGUGUAAAUAUGUCAAGAUAAGGCCAUCUUGGCAUCUCAACCUUGGCCGGGUUAAGCCACAGUAGUGGGCUAUGUUUUCUGCACUUUGCUAGUUUAAAGCAUUGGAGGGAACAAAUAAGAUGGUGCUACAAGCUGCAUUCAUCGUUACGGCUCUACCAGUAUAAAAAGUGAUCGAAACAGCUCUACCGGUAUGAAAAGUGAUUGAAACAGAUUGGAACGCUAAAGGGUAUAGGAAAAAAUUGGUUGAUGAAGCGAAUUCACACAGGCGGGCCCAGGAUGUGUACUUGGUUUCCAUAUUGCUGUACCAUGUCUCCAGAAACAUCAAGAGAAAUACGGGAUGGGAAUUCACAGAUUGGUCCAGGAGAUUUCUGAUUAAUUUUGUAGAAAUAGGUACUAUUAUUGUCCUAUUUAUUGUAUAUUAUUUGGCCACCUUAUUCAUUCUCACAUAAGUGAGCAUUCUCAGACAUUCUUUUUCAUCCUUGUCAGUACAAAAAAGUUAUUUUCAGCUCAAAGCAAAGUUUCUUA